UAAAAGUAGUAAAUACACAUUAAACAAAAUGAAGAAAACACAGACCAGCAGAAAAGCGAAUCAAAAGAAGCAAAGAUAAGCGAUGAAAGUUUCCAUUAUUGUUGACUGCUUGGGACCAUAGAACCUUUCCUGCAUCAAUUCUUCAAUUCCAUUUUUUUUUUCUUUUCUAGAGAGAGAGAGAGAGAAACUUUUGGUAGCUUUUCCUUAGGGAGCGAGAGAUAGUCAAUCUAUGCUCUCCUCCAUAGUCAAAUCGUUCCCUAUUUCAAUUCUUCAUUUGAGAACAAUUUUCACCAUGCUUUAACAGCUUCUUCGAGGCUCCUCCGAUUCAACUCGAACGAUCCCCGAUUCAACUCGUUUAGCUUCAGAUUUGAUCUCCGUUUUCGGUUUUUUUUUUUCUCGAGCGUAAUGGAGACUCCACCUGCGGAACAGCUGCUGAAGAAGAUACUAGAGCUAGAGGAAAGUCAGGAGCAUCUGAAGCAGGAGAUGUCGAGGCUCAAAGUAUCAACCGAUAUUAGGCAGCGAUCGCAUUCGGUGUCGCCGCAUCGUCCGGCGAGGAGGAACAUCGGCGAGGGAGCUCCUGCUUGGAGGAAGAGCGGCGCCGCCUCGUUUCGUCACGCCUCGCCGUUGCGGAAGGAGAGCCGUAUCCAGGGUUCGAUGAAUUUGAGAGCUGGGGGAUGUGGCGGGGGACCAUCGGCCGGGAAGUUCACGGAUAAUCAGUAUUUGAAUAUUUUGCAGUCGAUGGCACAAGCUGUUCAUGCCUUCGAUCUAAAUAUGCGAAUUAUCUUUUGGAAUGCCAUGGCGGAAAAGCUGUAUGGGUACACUGCUGCAGAAGCACUUGGGGAGAACCCAAUUAAUGUUAUUGCGGAGGAUCGGGAUGCUGCAUUUGCGAUGAAUAUUGCUCGACGUUGUGUCCGCGGAGAGAGCUGGACCGGCGAGUUUCCUGUCAAGAGCAAAUCAGGGGAGAGAUUUUCAGCUGUGACUACGUGCUCCCCAUUCUAUGACGAUGACGGUACCCUCGUCGGGAUCAUUUGUAUCACAAGUAACACGGCGCCGUAUCUGAACCCGAGAAUCAGUUUGGCUAAAUUAAAGGGGCAAGAAGGUGAAGCGAGCUCUAUCCCUGCAAGGAAUAGUUUUGCCUCUAAACUCGGUUUGGACUCCAAAGGAGCGGUUAUAUCGAAACUUGGCCUUGACUCUGAUCAGCCUAUACAAACUGCUAUAGCCUCAAGGAUAUCAGAUUUGGCAUCCAAGGUGAGCAACAAGGUCAGGUCGAAAAUGCGAGCAGGUGAUAGUAGCGCCAUACUCUCUGAGGGUGGCAGUGGGGAUAGUCAUCAUUCAGAUCAUAAUGUCUUCGGUGCUCCUCACUCUGACCACAGGGACGAUGCAGCAUCCAGUGGUGCCAGCACACCAAGAGGUGAUUUUAUCCAAUCUCCUUUUGGUGUAUUCACAUGUAACGAUGAAAAGAUUCCUUCGAAACCCUUCAGAGAUUCCAGUGAUGAGGGUGAUGGAAAGCCUGCAAUCCAUAAGGUUCUCACCUCAAAAGCUGAAGAAUGGAUGGUAAAGAAAGGUUUGUCAUGGCCAUGGAAAGGGAAUGAGCAGGAAGGUUCAAAAGGAAAGCCUACUCAUUCUGUAUGGCCUUGGGUACAGAAUGAACAAGAGAAAGAUAAGUCUCACCAGAUUACUCCCUCUUCUGGUGUUAAGUCUGAAAGCCAUGAUGUUGAAGGUAAUAAGCCCACCAAUAACGAGGCUUCUAGUAUGUGGUCUUCCUCUAUAAAUGCGAACAGCACAAGUAGCGCUAGUAGCUGCGGAAGUACCAGCAGCAGUGUUAUGAACAAGAUUGAUACUGAUAGCGAUGGCUUGGAAUAUGAAAUUUUGUGGGAUGAUUUGACAAUUGGAGAACAAGUAGGACAAGGUUCAUGCGGAACUGUCUAUCACGGUCUCUGGUUUGGAUCUGAUGUAGCUGUAAAAGUGUUCUCCAAACAAGAAUAUUCAGAAGAGGUUAUACAAUCUUUUAGACAAGAGGUAUUGUUGAUGAAAAGACUUAGACAUCCUAACGUCCUGCUGUUUAUGGGAGCUGUGACUUCACCACCACGCCUCUGUAUAGUGUCAGAGUUCCUUCCACGUGGGAGUCUAUUCCGUCUACUACAGAGGAGCACGUCAAAACUGGAUUGGAGGCGGCGUAUCCAUAUGGCAUUGGACAUUGCUCGCGGUAUGAAUUAUCUUCAUCAUUGUAGUCCACCCAUCAUCCAUCGUGAUCUGAAGUCGUCAAAUCUGCUAGUAGACAGGAACUGGACUGUUAAGGUAGCUGAUUUUGGUCUUUCGCGUAUCAAACAUGAAACAUACCUAACCACCAAGUCCGGGAAGGGAACGCCUCAAUGGAUGGCGCCAGAAGUUCUUCGAAAUGAGUCUGCUGAUGAGAAGUCUGAUAUUUACAGCUUUGGAGUAGUACUCUGGGAGCUUGCCACCGAGAAGAUUCCAUGGGAAACUCUCAACUCUAUGCAGGUGAUCGGAGCUGUGGGGUUCAUGAACCAGAGGCUGGAAAUUCCAAAAGACAUUGAUCCUCUUUGGAUCGCAUUAAUGGAGAGCUGUUGGCACAGCGAUACAAAGCUGAGACCCACAUUCCAAGAACUGAUGGAGAAACUAAGAGACCUGCAAAGAAAGUACACAAUACAGUUCCAAGCUACUCGUGCUGCUUUACUUGACAACUCUCUCCUCAGGGACAAUUAAACAAACAAAAAAUUGUUCCUGAAGGCGCGCCGCUUUAAGACUCAAAGACGUUCAUGAAAACAAAGGAAGAUAGAAUAUUGGUCUGUUUCUGAGCAGUAUCAGUGGAUGGGUGUGAUGACAACGUGGAGGAAACUGAUGAGCAGAGACAGCCACUGGAAUUCUGGGACUGGUCUAAAAGCAGCAAGUGAUAUGUGAUGUGCUUUGGUCAUUACAGCAUUUGCCAAAAGAAACGUAUGGCUCAGAUUGGUUAGUGUAAUUAUGGUGGUUGGUUUUUGAUAUCUUUCUAUCGUGGAGGCUUAAAGCAACUGCGUGAAAGGGAUUUGAUGUGAAAUUUGAUUGCAAACAUGUCACGUGCUUGAAUAUGUAUUCCUUGGGUAGGUGUGGAAGACAGUAUGCUAGCAUAUAUAUCAUUUUUGUAUGCAAAUCAUUAUAAAAUAUGUAGAACCAUUUGAUGGUUUGUAGUUUGUACAGGGAGGAAACAAAGGGGGCGAGUUGGAACACUAAUUAUGAGUGAAUAUCUCGACAUCAUUUGAGAAUUUUUUUCUUGUUCUUUUGGAACAUACAUACAUUUAUUGGAGGGAUUUAUGCUUUUUUCUAGCAAUUAUCAGAAACAACGAUUAAUUUCAAUGCCUUUGUUAUGCUUUGCCAAAUUUCCGAUAAUAUCCCAUAUUUUAUUACAAGUUCCAAGACGAGGCGAAUAAGGAACAGAGAAAUGUUGACCAAUUAAAGAGAGAACAAUAUUCUUUUCUCCUGAUAAUAAGAUUGAAACUUCAGAUGGAAACAUAACGACCACCCCAAAAUUGAUUGUAUCUAUAUUCAGGGCUUUUCAAAGAGAUUGAAUCAGCAAUGCAAGUUGAUCCUGAGACAGUUUCAACUCAAUUGGAUAUUUGGAUAAUAACUCUCAACCUCACACACAGACAAAAACUGGAAGUACAAGCCCGUCUUGGUUCAUCAUAGAGGAUAUCGCGAAAGCAAUUCCCUAGUUGCAGCAACCGCAUCGCCUUUGUUCUCCCUUAGUGUUCUCUCCACCACAUUCUUCUCCAGCUGCUCGUUUACAAUAAUCUCAACAUCUGCAGCAUUGAUCUUAACAGAAGCUAGUUCCUUCUCCCUCAAUCUCUUCGCAUUUAGAUCAGCCUCUCUAGAAGCAGCAAUAGAAGCCAUGGCCUGAAACACGAGAAGAAUCGAGCUGGCGAUCCUCGACGCGAUCGGUAAGCUUGUCGAAAGCUUUGCUUUGCUGCUGUAAGUCCUUUGAAUCAACCGCUAUCUCCGCCCCAGCUUCUUCUGCUCCCUCCAUUGCUUCUAACGCUUCUCUCCUCUCUUUCUCCCUCUUGAGUAUCGGUGAAUGAAGUCUCCGGCUACAGAAAUCUUUAGGAUCGAAAGUGUUUCGAGCUUCAACGUUAGAAACCCUAAAGGCUAAAGUUAUCGGGUUGUCAACCGAAACUCUCCCAAUUGCUGUGUUUUUGAACCACACCUAACCGGCUAAAC